AUGGGUCUAUUGAAUUCUAAAAACCCCAAAGCCAAGCAAGCCCGAAUUCUUCUUCUGGGACUUGACGCUGCUGGGAAGUCUACUCUCCUUUACAAAUUAAAGCUUGCUAAGGAUAUUGUGACCAGCCCAACAGUAGGUUUCAACGUGGAGAUGAUUGAGUUGGAAAAGGGUGUUCCACUUACGGUCUGGGAUGUUGGAGGACAGGAAAAAAUGAGAACUGUGUGGGGCCUCUACUGUGAGAACACCGAUGGCUUGGUAUAUGUUGUAGACAGUACAGAUACACAGCGACUGGAAGACUCCAGGAGAGAAUUUGAGCAGAUUUUGAAGAAUGAGCACAUUAAAAAUGUGCCUGUUAUCCUGUUAGCCAACAAACAAGACGUGCCUGGUGCUCUGAGUGCCAAGGACAUCACCAGAAUGUUCAAAGUGAAGCAACUCUGCAGUGACCGGAACUGGUACGUGCAGCCCUGCUGUGCUGUCACCGGGGACGGGCUGAUGGAGGGGUUCCGGAAGUUAACUGGAUUUGUGAAAAGCCACAUGAAAUCAAGAGGAGACAUAUUAGCAUUCUUCAAGCAAAACUGA